GGCCCAGGUAUGGCUUGGAUGUCUGCUUUGCGAGCUCGCUCCUUAUCGUAUUCGUGUGCCCAAUCGAUGGUACUAAAGUUGGAGUAGGCAACCCGAUUGCGUUCGUCGAGAUAUUCGUACUCUUCCUCGGACGCAUCUUCAUCCCAUUCGUCCGUGAGGGUCCGCGCGCCGACGAAGCGCCGACCACUCAGCCGACCGCUUCGAGCCGACUCUGGCGAGGCCAUGCCUCAUCUGCGAUGGACACUCUCCGUCUGUGUAGAGCGACGGCGGCUUGCGAGCUUGCGCGGUCAAGCGCUCGACGCUCGCUCGCGCUCUAGUAAUUAUCACGCUAUGGCUGCUGCAUUAGCACCAUGGCGGCCAGCUCAGGCGCCAUAGACGAAACCGAAAGGCAAUACGAAGAAGGGCAGAAAGCAUGACAUGAUCAGGACUAUUCGAGACUGUCGAUCGAGCUCACGCAGGAGAACUUCGAUUGGAAGAGGUGAUGAUGAGGACGAUGAGGAAGGCGCCGGGGGUCUCAGGGCGGCCAUCUCAAAAUCAAAGCAAUCCGUCGAGCCUGCUCUUAAGGAGAAGGAUAAGAAGAAGAAAGGCAGGAAGGUAGCUGCUGCAGAAGACGAGGAAUCUUAUGGACCAGAGAACCUCAUCGUUCAGGAAUUUGAGCCUACAAAGUCACGAGGCAAGGAGAGCAAAGGCAGCACGAACGCUUGCUUCAGCAGGAUUUUGCGCGUAUCGUCGUUGCAAAUGGCAUGCCGAGCUCAUCUGCUCCUGUCACGCUGCCCGCACCGCGAGCAAGACGACUUGUAA